ACUAGAAUUGGAAAGGAUUCGCACUGAUGCAAAACGUGCGCUUGAAAUGAAAAAAAACCCUGUUGAGAAAUGUGCGGCGGAGGAAUCCGCGUCUUUACGCGAGGAGAUAGCGCAAGAGGAAGAGGAUAAUAACGUGGUUACCGCGCACAUUACUACUUUCCUGCGCGAAUCGCUUGUUCUUUCCCUAGUCUCCUCGACUUUUUACAAACGGGUCAGCUUUGGAAUUUGGCUUCGGAAUUUGAUAUAUUUGCUAAAAGAAAUGUUAAGAUGCCAUCACAUGAUAAAUGUCGAAGGUUUGCGCAGAAAAUCGUGGCGCAAGAUUCUAAACGAGAUAAAUUACAGCUUCUUGCGGCUAAUAACACAGCGAAUAACACAGUGAGUUCAGUAGAGAUAAAAAAUUAUAUUCAGAUAUAUAUUACUAAUAUUGAAAAUGGACACUUAUU